AGAGGGGCCGGCGUCGGGGCCGGGCUGCUGUCCCCGGUAGGGCCUGGCGCCGCCGAGCGCGGCCAUGGAGGUGGAGGAGGCGUUCAAGGCCGUGGGGGAGAUGGGCAUCUAUCAGAUGUACUUGUGCUUCCUGCUGGCCGUGCUGCUGCAGCUCUACGUGGCCACGGAAGCCAUCCUCAUUGCACUGGUUGGGGCCACGCCAUCGUACCACUGGGACCUGGCAGAGCUCCUGCCAAACCAGAGCCACAGCAACCAGUCAGCGAGUGGAGACCGAACCUUCGGCACCUGGCUCCUGACGGCCAACGGCAGUGAGAUCCACAAGCACGUGCAUUUCAGUAGCAGCUUUACCUCCAUCGCCUCAGAGUGGUUUCUAAUCGCCAACCGAUCGUACAAAGUCAGCGCAGCGAGCUCCUUCUUCUUCAGCGGUGUGUUUGUGGGAGUCAUCUCUUUUGGCCAACUCUCAGAUCGCUUCGGAAGGAAGAAAGUCUACCUCGCAGGUUUUGCUCUGGACAUCUUAUUCGCUAUUGCAAACGGGUUUUCCCCCUCCUAUGAGUUCUUUGCAACAACUCGCUUCCUGGUGGGCAUGAUGAAUGGAGGGAUGUCGCUGGUGGCCUUUGUCUUGCUAAACGAAUGUGUGGGCACCGCCUACUGGGCACUGGCAGGAUCGAUUGGAGGCCUGUUUUUCGCAGUUGGCAUCGCCCAGUACGCACUGCUAGGAUACUUCAUCCGCUCCUGGAGGACCCUGGCCGUCCUGGUUAACCUGCAGGGGACGGUGGUGUUCCUCUUGUCGUUAUUCAUUCCUGAAUCACCUCGUUGGUUAUACUCCCAGGGUCGACUGAGUGAGGCCGAGGAGGCACUCUACCUCAUUGCCAGGAGGAACCGCAAGCUCAAGUGCACCGUCUCGUUAACCUAUCCCGCCAACAGGAGCAACAGGGCGACAGGAAGUUUCCUGGACCUGUUCCGGUACCGGAUCCUCUUGGGGCACACGCUGAUGCUGAUGUUCAUCUGGUUUGUGUGCAGCUUGGUGUAUUAUGGGCUGACGCUGAGUGCUGGUGACCUAGGGGGAAAUAUUUAUGUCAACUUGGCGCUAUCUGGCCUCAUAGAGAUCCCAUCGUACCCUAUCUGCAUCUACUUGAUUAACCAAAAAUGGUUUGGUCGCAAGAGGACAUUAGCGGCGUUUCUGUGCCUGGGAGGCCUAGCCUGCCUGAUUGUAAUGUUCCUGCCAGAGAAGAAAGGCACGGGGGUGUUUGCCGUGGUCAACAGCCACACCUUGUCCCUGCUGGGGAAGCUGACCAUCAGCGCUGCCUUCAACAUUGUGUAUAUCUACACCUCGGAGCUGUACCCCACUGUUAUCAGGAAUGUCGGACUGGGAACGUGUUCCAUGUUCUCCCGAGUUGGUGGGAUUAUUGCUCCCUUCAUCCCCUCCCUGAGAGAUGUGCAGUGGUCUUUACCCUUCAUUGUCUUUGGAGCCACGGGCCUGGCCUCGGGCCUCCUGAGUUUGUUAUUGCCUGAAACCCUGCACAGGCCCUUGCUGGAGACCUUCUCCGACCUCCAGGUGUAUUCCUAUCGCAGGCUGGGGGAGGAAGCGCUGGCUCUACAGUCCCUGGACCCCCCACAGGCUGCGGACAAGGAGAGCGUGUCCAGGAGCGAGAGUGAGGAAGAGGAGGAGUUUUACGAUGCGGACGAGGAGACUCAGAUGAUCACGUGAAGGGCCGCAGAAACCCCGGGUCGUCUUUGGUGUGUCUGCUCGGCAGAUUCUCCAGGAGUGUCGGAGGUCAGGCUUGUUGCACCUCUGUGGAUGCUACUCCGCCCGGAAUGGUUUUUUGAGGCAGAGGAGAAGCUGGGGAAGAACUCUCAUGAGAGGGGAGUUGACUGCAUUGAAGGAACGAUUGUUAUGUUGUCGGAAUUCAGAUUUAGCUCACAGUCGCCACCUCUGACCCAGUGGCCCCACCCACAUUGCAGCGUGGCUGGCCGACUGUUUCCAGAAGUUUGAGCAUGCCUCUUUUCCUUCCCCAUGGCCUAAAAGCAGAUUUGUAAAGUGUGUCAGCAUUUCAGUGGGAUAAGUCAUCCUGAAGGUAGAAUCUUUAGACCCUUUAGAACCCUUCCCGGUGCUUCUCACCAGGAAUCCGGUGUUAAGAUUUCCAUUCUGCGCCAGAGGACAAGCAGUGAGAGGCGUUUUGUGGGACUCGGCUUUAUCUUGGUGGAUACGGUUUGUUCACAGCUUGGGUCCCAGCCUACGGGCUGGCUUGAGGACUUGUGCCUUUAGUUCCACAGAUGAGGGACUAGUAAAAGCCAAAUGUACCAAAGCGCUUCUCCUCGCAGUCAGAGCCCUGUCCACCUGCCCCGAAAUGCUCAGGCUGGGCCACCUGUUUAGUCCCCACAUGUACAUGCCUCCGAGAGAACCUUCCAAUGCCAGCAAUCACCUCAAAAUCAUGGUCAGUAAAUGAAAAAGCUUUAGAAGGAUGGAAGGCACUUCAAAAGUGGCAUGUUGAGCCCCCAGUUUUAAGAAGGAAGAGGAAAAUUGCCUUCCCUGUCUUUUGGGGUGGUGGGAUCUGCUGUCAAUGUUGCACAAUGUUGGAUACCAUAAAGAAUUCCAGUGCUGCUUGUCCUAGAUCAGCCCCGGCCUGUCUUGGUGAAGAGAAGGAGAUCUAGGUACUUUGUUUUGUUGUUGUCGUUAAGUAAUGCCGAUUUUCAGGUAAGUGCCAUGUGUGCAGAGUUUGCUGAAAACGCCUGUGUCCUUAGGAAACGUGAAUGUUCUCGCGAAUGGGAGUAUUAGCCUGGAGGGAACAUCCCUUUAGUCACUUCCCCAUCUAGGAAAAUGUCCCCGUGUUCCGAAUUUGUCAUCUCUACAAAUGCCUUGGAGGGCAAGAAAAAAAGUGUUAGAGGUCAAGAGAAGACAUCAUGGUGACUAUUGCUGGGUGUCUGGGUGGUGUCCCCACUUGGCUCCAGAGAUGCGCCUUGUCCUCGUCCACAUUAACUUUUCAGUUUGCAUUAUGUCAGUCUGUCCUUUGUAUUUAUUAAGGUAUUCUCAUGUCUUCCGAUGACUGUCUGUGUGCUCUGGUUUAUAUGUUAGUAUCGGGUUUCUCGUCACCAUGACCCAUCUCUGCUAUUAUGGUAAGGCAAAUAAUAACUACAGAAAUAUAAAAACCUUUUAAACAAAAAUACCAAACCGGGACGCUUUUGUUUCCCCACAUCACCUCCUUGUGGGUCUAGACACGUGUCUGUCGUUCAAACGUCCCUGUGGAGUUAGGUGCUCCCUGAUUUACACUCCGUGCAUGCCAUGCCGCGGCAGUGACGGCAUCCUCGGGGGCCUGAACGGGUGUUUCUUCUCUGUUAUUUGAGUUUAGGGGAACAAAAGGGAGUCUGAAGGGGCAAUGCCAGGGCUGUAGGGCCGAUGGGUAAGGUUUCCCAGUGAGAUUCUCAAAGGGCAGCCCUUGCUCCCCUCGAAGAAGGCAUUGUUGUGGGGAAAAGCUACUUGGCCCAACUUUCCUGGCCUUUUUCUCGCCAUUGCAGUUUUCUUUAAACGUCUUAGUAAUCUCCCAUCAUCACCCUUUGCCUUAAAGAACAUCUGCCAAGAUUACCCCCCUUGGAACCCCAAUAAGCAGUCACUAUAACCUUCUGAGUUGACUUCUCUUCCUUGAAUUUAACUGACCCAGUAGUCAGUCCCCUUCAGAAGCGACCGUUUCAAUGAGAUCUUUUUUGAAGGAAUCCUAUCAAGGCUAAGACAAGUGCAUGACUGAAAAAACUUGUCCGCAGCCAUGGACUGAUCACAGAGACAUUUUCAAACACGUUUUAUCUGGACUAAACCCAUGCAUGUAUGAAAUGGAAUCCUAGUAGCAGUAUGUCUUACUUACCUUCAUAUUUCUCAUCAUCCAAGAACACUGCCCUUGGCACAGUAAGCCCCAUUGCCUUUGACUCCUGGUCACCCUACGUGUUGCAGAAUAGAACUGGGCUCCAAAGAAUGUUCAUGACUGUGACCUUCACCAGGCAUGGUUUUUUGCUCUUGCUUUUGUUUUUCUCAAUGCAUUUGUGAGUGGGUUCAAACUUCCAACCCUUUGGUUAAUAGUUGAGUGUGGCCAUUUGUGCCACCCAGGGACUCUAGCCACAGUACCAAACCAAAACAUUUCACUGCCAUCAAGAUGAUUUCAACCGCGGGUGGUCCUGUGGCACAGAAGAGACUGCUCCUUAGGGCUCCUGAAACAGUAUUUUCAGGAGCAGACAGCCACAUUGUGCUCUUGAGGAGCGGUGGGUGGGCUGGAAAGGCUCACCAUGCAAUUAGCAACCUGGCAGUCAACCCUCUGGGCCACCAGGCUCCUCACAUGAACCCGACACCAAAUCCAUGACCAUUGAGGCAAUUCCACUCACAGAAACCCUAUGAAAUAGGGUCAAACUGCCCCUAGAGCAGCGGUUCUC